GGCGGGUCUUUCACACUAGGCGACCCAUUAAUCUAUUUAGGCAAGGAAACUCCUGUGACACUAUCCUAUCACUGCAACACCCUUUAAUUUCACAGAUGCGGCUAAUAAGAUCGCAAAUGUGCAUAAACCGUCCCACUGCUUUGUGUAAAUUUUGUGCUCCAGUCUGAAUCAAUAGGGCUGUUCCUUUUUCCUCUGUGGUAUUUCAACCCAGCAAGCAGCAGGUCACGGUUAGCUUCCAAAUCAGUCAGUGUGUGAAGGCAGAGCGUGGGGGCAGGGCGGGGAGUGCUGUUUGGCACAUAAAAAAAAAAAAAAGCUACUUUUCUGUCGUGACCAGGAGAGCAGUUGCUCCUGCUGUUCACUAACUUUCUCUACGAUGCCCUUCCAAACCAGGUCCUCCAGGACGCGGCAGAGUACCGUCCUUUUAGUGGGCAUCAUGGUCCUGAUACUGACAAUUGUUGCUGUGCUGGCAGCUGUGCUGCUGGCAACUGGAACGAAAGAGACUAGCAUGCAGCUGCUACAGUGGAAAGGCAGAGGGACCACUAAAAAUCUGCAAGAAGUCAUCCUUGGGAGGUGUUAUAACUACAUCACAACAGUGAACCCGGAGCUGAGAGACAAAGAUUGCCAAAAAAUAUGGGAAACAAUGCAAAAGGCAUUUAUUUACAAGAACCCAUGUAAUAUUACAACAGAAGAUUAUCAGCCGUUACUGGAUUUGGCGAAUCAUACUAUCCCCUGUAACAAGUCAUUAUUUUGGAGCAAGACAAAUGACCUUGUUCAUCGUUAUACAAAAACCAAUCACAACUUCGUUACUCUGGAGGACACCUUGCUGGGCUAUAUGGCUGACGGGGUCUCAUGGUGUGGAAACCCUUCUAGUCCAGGAAUUAACUAUGAAUCUUGUCCAAAAUGGAGUGAAUGUGAGAGCAACCCUAGUUCUGUGUACUGGAAAAUGGCAUCCAAGAUGUUUGCAGAAGGAGCAUGUGGUGUGGUUCAAGUGAUGCUCAAUGGAUCAAUAGAUGCUGGAGCAUUCAGAAGUAACAGCAUUUUUGGAAGCGUUGAGAUCUUUAACUUAGACCCAGACAAAGUUUCUACAGUGCAGAUUUGGCUUAUGCAGAACAUCGGUGGACCUCCAAGUGAGUCCUGCACGGGUCGCUCUAUAACAAGGUUAAAAAGCAUCUUAGAGGAACGAAACUUGAGUGUCUCCUGUGAGGACAAUUAUAGGCCAGUUCAGCUGCUUCAGUGUGCAAGUGAUCCUGACCAUGCAGACUGCACACUUUGCCCCAAUAGUGUACAGUGAAACACACAGUACUCCACAUUGCUUAAAUCAUUCCUUAACUGUGUAUGAUACUGAACAAGAGUAUGUGUAUAUACUGUAUAGAGUACUAUAUAGUAUAAAUGUGUCUACAAACACUGUCUGUUACCAGAAAACCUUGCUGUGGCUGUUACACUAAUAAAUGAAAGAAAGGAGAUGAUAUUUUAGGUGCGGUUACUGUACACAAACACACAUACUGCCCACACUGGCUUCCCACCUCUUCAGCGUGACGGCCAAACAUAUUGUUUCAGAAAGGUCAAGAGGGCCACAGUAUAUUUUUUGGGUCAGAUUCUCAGCCCGGCUCCGCUCCCUUUAACCAGCGCAGGUGGUGCAAAGGGAACAGAAGCCA